AUUAACCCCACUGGACUGGGGUAAUUUAGAUCCUAGAUCACAAAAGGUGUGUCUCAAAAUGAUAAUGCAAUCAUUAUCCAACAUGAUCUUGCUUUAACCAUCGUCAUCAAAUAAACAGGCAUGGUCUGUCAUCUAAUCUAAAUGCAAACCCAAAAAGCGUUGACCUUGUCUGGGCCUGAUGACACCCAGCGGUUCCUCCAGUAGGGGGCGCUAAGCAGUCUAAUGACAGCAUGGAAGAACAAAUGUAUCGCUGAAAACAGGCAAUGGCCACAAUCGUCUUUAUUAAUUGCAUGUAUUCUUUUGAUGCUCAUUACAAAAAAGUGAUCUGCGAUGAUUAAAAUAUCUUAACAUAACGUUGUAGUUGCAGUCUGUAGAGUGGGCAACGUAUCCACACAUUGAAGUUCGAAAAAACGUAUUUUGCGGGGUUUCAGGGAAGGCUUACGAGUUUGUUAACUUUCAAAACGAUGUACUGUUUGAUUACUGAUUUGAGACCAAUCUUUAGGGUUCGACCAGUCAGAGACCUGCCUUUGGGGUUCGGCUGCUCGGGCUUUAUGUAAGGAAAUGACAUCCCGUCGGCUUAUGUCAUACAUGCGGGGCAUAGCCAUAGAACCCGUCCAUAUUUAAACAGAAUGAAUGACUGGACUUUCCAAAGCUUCUGAAUAUUUUCAUGUUUUAAGAAGUCGUCGCCUUUCGUGGAAGGCGAGUUUUACUCGGAAUAAAGAUGUCCUCUAUUAGGAUUGUAUAAGGCUAUACACAAUGUUUUUGGGCAGCGCGGAAGAAGUCCUUUACUAUCUUAUGUCCCAUUGGUUUAUAUCCAUGUGUUCCCUGAGCAACUCCCCGUCUCAAAGGCUCUGGUCCGGCUGGACGCAGACAGGUCAUCUAAAGUCCCAGAUCAGAUGAGGAACUGAACUACACACCAAUGAUUUACAUUCGAUGGGACAUUUCUGACGGUGCGACGUAGUUCCAGGUUUAAUCGGAGUGUGCAGGCUCCAGCACAGACGUUGACGAGAGGCGGAGAGGGAAAGGAUGCCCGCCCCACCCCCCCCACCGCCCCCUCCCUGUGCCCCCCCUCCCCCCUCCUUUGCCUCGGUAAACUCCCAGAAGCCCUCUCAGAACCGCUCGGAGCAGCAGGGCCGCAGUGCCCUUCUGACGGACAUCUCUAAAGGCGCCCGACUGAAGAAGGCGGUGACCAACGACCGCAGUGCGCCCGUUGUAGACAAGCCUAAAGGAGGUGGAGGAGGGGGUGGAUUUGGUAGUGGUACACCUGGAGGCCUGUUUCAGGGAGGUAUUCCCAAGCUGAGAUCCACAGGGAGCAGAGAAACCAGUGACACUGGGGGCCAGCGAGGACCUAUACUCCCUCCAGGGGCCCGCUCCGCUGGUGCCAGGCCCUUCAAUGCACUCGGGGGCCCCCCAAGAUUUCCCGGGGCCCCAUCAUCCCCCCGUAGCAGCACCCCUGACCUACCGAGGGGCCGCGUGAUGCCCCCCUCCAGACCGGACACUCCGGGCGGGCCUCCGCCCCCUGUGCCCAGCACCCCUCGACCCAAUCAAGGCUCUCGGGGCGGCCCCUUGCCACCGUCAGCCCCUGGGGGUCCCAGGCCUGGUUCUGGCCUGGGGCCCCCACCUCCUGGCCUUCCGCCAGGGAGACACGGCCCCCUUCCUACCCUGCCCGGAGGCUCCUACGCCGGGGCCUCCGGCAACUCCCGACCUCCAUUACCGCCCACGCCAGGAGUCAGAGCCUCCCCAGGGUCCGAGGACCGCCCCCCGCCCCCGCCGGCCCCAAGUGGGAGUAACCGCCUGUCGAUAGCCCGGGACGGCCCGCCAACACCUCCUCCUCCGUCCUCUAUGUUCGGCUUGAAACCCCCCUCGCCCUCUGUCUCCUCCCCCUCCCCCCGCUUGCCAGGAGGGGCCCCUCCUCUCCCCCCAGGCCGGCCUGGCCCCCCUCCUCUCCCCCCCUCCCCAGCAGGGGGGGGGGACCAUGCAACCCCUCGCCUGCCCCAAAGGAACAUGUCGCUCAGCAGCCAAGCACCGGCCCCCCCACCAGGACGAUCGGGACCACUUCCCCCCCCCCCAAAUGAGAGACCACCCCCACUUGGAAGAAACCAGGUCGCAGGUCGCACAGGUCCACUUCCUCCACCCCCCCCCUCGGCUCGCAGCGGGGGCAGCGUGAGGUCCUCGUCCAUACCUUCUCCCAUUGGUCGGCCAAGCCCUGGCGGAAGGCCCCCCCUUCCACCAGAAAGACCAGGCCUGGGCGGGCCUCCCCCCCCUCCCCCUCCCAUGGGCAAUGGCAUCCAGAACUCUCACCCACAGACCCCCCACCACCAGCAGCAGCAGCCGAUGGGCGAUGAGUGGGAGUCUCGUUUCACCUUCCAUCCCAUGUCAGACCUCCCUCCUCCAGACCCCUACGUACCAAGUCAGAAGACCUACCCCAGCAAGAUGGGCAAGGGCGACGCCAGAGGUUCUGGUAAGGAGAGAGGUGCUCCCCCGCUGCCCCCCAUACCAAGGUGAAGAGGAGGUUCCCCCCCCACCAGCCCUCAAGCCAUCUUCCUUUCUUCACCCAUCUUUUUUUUCACUCUAUCACUGCUUCUUGGUUUUCCAGUAGCACACAAAUGUCACAGAAAUAUUUUAUACAUUUAAGGUACUAUAAAGUAAUGGCUUCACAUCUGUGUAGAAUUGACUGUGUGUCUGUGUGUUUGUGUGUGUACAUCUGUGUUACAGCCCUUGACCAAAGAACCCUGUUUAAAAGUGGGACAUACUUAAGUACAAUGCAAUGUCUAUACGAGCACGAUUUAAUGCUGUUUCUUAGGAAUAUUAAGGAGACGGCCCCUUGCCUUCAACUGAACAACCUUGACUAAUCUUGACUAACUAACCCUUGCAUCUAUCAAAAACAGGAUGUAAACCUUCAACAAAAGUCUGCUGGUGAAUGUUGUGCUAUGCUAUGGGCAAAAUUCACAAGUUAAGUGAACAAGUACUUCAAAGACUAUUGAACUGAAAAACAUUGUUCCGUAAUGUAAUUCAAUCAAUGAGUGUUAUUUGAUGUGUUCCUUCUUGGAGAUGCAGUGGUCUCACUCCAUAACUGUGGGUUACUCAGUCUGUUUCUGUGGUCUUAUGUCCCUCUCUCCUUCUAAUAGCACACCUGCGCCUAGAGUCCACUCAGUAUUAUAUGAACAGGAUCAAUAAGAGAUCCAUGUUUAGGACACAUUAUUUAGGGAUCUCUUUGUGUCUAAACAAUGCCUAUGCUCUCUCUAUGGUGUUCCAACAGAAGGGCAGGGGACUGGAGGAGGUGGUCUAGGCUGUUGGUUUGUACUUGCCGUACAUCAACCAAUACAAAAAUAACUAAUCAAACCACAGCCGGCGAUCUGUGCUGAAAUAAAGAUUGAUCUUUGUCGAAACAAUAUAAUGCAACAUUUCUGACCCUCUAACAGCCAUGGUCAGAUAAUGUCUUUGUUCAGGGUUGAUGUCCAACCAGUUCCUAUAACAGCCCCAGUCGAGUCGAGUUUAAAUGAUGGAACCAACUGCUCCCUCUCAUCAGUCCUCUGUUGUUGCCAAAAGUAAAGGGCAAAACGCUUCUGUGUGUGUUUGCACUUUGCCGCCCUCCCAUGGUGACAUGUGACAUUGAUUUAAGAUCUAUGUGUUCGUCUUUCACACAAGCAGACAAAGAAAUGGAUGUUAAAUCAAUCUAGGAGGAUUUUCCGAGGUUGUGAAGGAGCUUUGAUUAAUGUCAAUGCUAUGAUUUGUUUAAGUGGCUUUAAAUGAUUGUACAUGUUACGUUUGUGGGCUAUGUAUGUUACUCUUUGCUCUACCCUACGCUGCUUUGAUUAUAUUUUUGUAUGUUUUGUUUUAUGUUUUGGUCAUGGAACCAAAUAAUAUGUUAUUCAUGGAACCAAUAUCGUGAGGGGUUUUUGAACGACUUCACACCGAAUGGAUCAAAAUUAAAAAAAAUCGUAAUGUUUGUGCUAA